UUUGUUGCGGCUUCGAGUGGGUGUCAAAGCAGUUUUGUUACCAAAGCGUCACAGAGCAAGCUCUGCAGGUAGAUGGGUGCGGAAGAGUCAAAAGAAACGGCUAGUGUCGACUCUAGCUUUAUGCUAGUUGAAGAAGCUGCUCUCGCCGAGAUUUUAUUCAAUCCAAUCAACAGUCAAGCCGUUUGUGCGGGAGUGGGCCGCCACUUGAACAUGAGACGCAAACCUCAGGAUAUCCCAACGUGUGACGGUGAUACUAAACUUAUGUACAGCGUGCUAAACGACAAACUGUGCAUUCCAAGCCGCAACAUCACAGUGCUAAAUUCGUCACCUGACUCCCAGUAUCCUGCAACUAUUUGUAAUAUUGAGGAUAGUCUUCGGACAGCAGUUGGCAAGGUCGAAGCUGAUGGAAUAUUAUUGUUUUAUUUCUCUGGGCAUGCAGUUCGAUAUCAUGGAGGAUCGAAGGUGGCACUAGUUCCUGCCGAUUUUGUUGAAGAUGAAAAGCAAUUGAUCACUGCUGAUAUUCUUGCCAGGUCAUUGAUUGGUUUGAAAGAGACAAGCACUCAGCUAGUUCUCAUUUUUGAUUGCUGCUUUGCAGCUCAAGUGUUACGUGAUGUCAGUGUCAUUAUGGGAACGCUCGGGUUUACAGUCUGCGCUAUUGCUGCUUGUGCUGCUGUAGAAAAUUCAAUCUGCUUUGAUAUGUUGGGUGCAGGCUUUUUUACGUAUUUUAUGCAUGAUUAUAUGAUUCAAGCUCAGUCGUUCAGUUGUCUUCCAGUGAAAAACAUAUCUGACUAUUGUGUUCCCUUGUGUAAUGCAAUGGCAACACUUGUAUUGAAAAGGAGUGGGGCAAACGAUAAGCAACUUGUCGACGCAUCACAACAUCCAACAGUCAUUACAACAGAGUUACGUCUUGAUAAUGAAGAUGAUAAACUCGUAGUAACUCCAGUAUCUGAUGAGACAGACAGUGCAAAAAGUCGGCAAACUCCAUCUUACUCUAAUGCUUUUCAAUUUUUGGCUUAUCAGUCUCCAGAAGAUUUUUAUGUAGACAAAGCAUGGUCGGAGAUGCUCAGCAUAUGGCUCAAAACCAAGGCAGCUUCUUGUCUCAAGGUAUUACAAAAACACAGCUAUCUCAAGAAGAAGGAAGUGAUUGAAACUGUGUUAUGCUUGAUGAUGAGAUCAAUUGCUAUGCUCACUGCUGCGCAUCGACCUGAAUUGGCUUUGAAACCAAACAUUUUUGUUCUUAGCUACUUUCGGGUCUUUGAAUUAAUGCAGGAUGUUGAGCCUGAUUUCACACAAACUCCUGAAGAUUACAUGAGAGUAGCCAUUCUUUACUACAUGAAGGGUAUCAGGGAAUAUUUAGAUAAAACUGUAUCACAAAUGGAAAGCUUGGUUGGUCUCUACUCGGCACUCAUUUCAGAUCAGAAGGAUUUGAAAGCAGGACAAGACGAAACUGACAAUGCUUCUACCACCAUGAGUGUGAUGCAAGAGCUCGAGCACACCAUCCUUCAAGUACCCAUUGGAUUCGAUGAUUUACCUUGAACUGAUCAAAGACUGUGUUUGCUUUAUAAUACUAUUGUUGCGGCUGGCUGCAAAACUUUGAAGUAUGUGGAAAAUGGCAUUUUAGUUAAGGUGUGCUACAGCUUUUUAUACUAGAAAUGAAAUAUUGGUCGAUAACGAAAUAUUGGUUCAUAAUUAACAAAUGGAGCAGAUCCAUGA